GUUCAUAAAUGCUAAAUAAGUUUAAAACCUGUACAUUCGUCACAGGACAGUUGUUUUGCCAUGUAGUGUUACGUAAAUGUAUAAUGUAAAGUUACCCUACAUGUGAAACUGGCUUAAAACCAUUCAGUCUAUGUUUCAUUAAAACCUACUGUUAAGGUAGUCAUUUACUCGAAAAAUGACUUUAAACGUUUUGCGAAGAACAAUCCUCAAAGAAUUCGGAAGUGUUGAACAAUUCUAUCAGACGCAAUCUACCGAAAGUCAUCAAAAUACCCCUGAUGUUUAUAGAGAGCCGGCUAUAUUGUCGGGAUAUAGGAUCCCGGACAAAUCAUGGCGUUACUAUACUGUCAGCAUAUUUCAUCUUCACAAUGAGACAAUAAAUAUUUGGACACAUAUAAUAGCAACGCUUGUUUUUAUAAAUAGACUAGUACAUAUUCUUGAGAUAUACGACGUGGAAAGUGAAUGCGGGAUUUUACCAUUGGCUGUCUUUUGUGCAUGCGCAGCUGCAAACUCGUUUUUGAGUGCAUUUGCGCACACGUUUCAGUCAAUGUCGCCAUUCUGUCACUACAUUUGUUUCCACUUUGAUUACGUUGGAGUUGGAAUUUAUGCUUUAUGCCAGUGUAUCUUAUUUAUGUACAUUUCAUGCCCAGAUGCUAUUUUUGAAUAUUUGAGCAUGGCAUCACUACCUCUGAACGUCGUUCUCUCGUUGUUCGUUAUGUUAGGGGGAAGUUUAUCUAAAAUCUUAUACAGACGACCAUAUCCGUUUAAGCGACGACUUGUUCAAAUAGGGUCCGGCUGUAUCCACGCAUCUUUUAGUUGUAUACCGCUUAUAACAAGACUGGCAUAUUGUAUCAAUACAACAGAUUGCAAUAAUACACAUCAUUUCCCUUGGAUGGUUUCUAUGGCAGUUUGUCUGUUCUUCUUUUCAAGUCAUUUACCAGAAAAGUUAGCUCCGGGAAAGUUUGAUUUUAUGGGAAUGAGUCACCAAUGGUUUCACGUUUUCCAGACGUUAACAGUGUUGUUGCAGAUGAACGCCGCACGAGAAGAUUUAAGGAACAAUGUCAGCUCUAUUUGGUCUUGUCACCACGUUAGUAGCUAUCACCUAGUACUUCCAUCGUGUUUUAUGCUUUCGGGUGUAUCGUAAUAACAUUACUUUUGAUAAAACUUGUAAGGAAAAGAAUUCAGGAAGAUAAAAAGUUUGCUUAAACCCUAAAUCUGUUUAUAAAAAACGACAUAUGUUUGGGAAUAAACAAAUAUAUGUCAGAAAAUAAAGUAAUAUCAAACUCCGUUUGAAAUUGUAAUUCAAAAUUAUUUAUAUCAGGAUUUUUUUUAAUCAUUUAAUUUAAUUUUCAUUUUAUUUAUAUCUAUGUAUUUUUUUU